AUGUGCAUGUGUGCAUGUGUGUGUGUGUGUCUGUUUGCGUGCCUCGCCUGCGGUCCAUGCGACGGAGUGGCGAGUCCGGCCCGCGCUGGCCGCAGUGGCGGCGGCAUCCCGCUCCUUCCACUCCGCUCCCUGCGUCCCGUGUGUGUUGUCGCUCUUCCCAAGCAAAGGAGUAGCGGGGUGUCUGCGCCGACAGGCAGGAUGGACUCAGCGGCCCUUCAGAAGGAGCUCUUCGACUAUGAGGGGCGCGUGCGCGUCGAGAAGCACGCGAGGGAAGUGGCGGCGCGAAACGCGCAGUACAUCUCCGAGCACCCGGAGAUCACGCCGGUGCUGCACGACAUUCUGCAGCACCUCCUCAUCCACAAGCCGGAGGAGCCGCUGGCGGCGAUACAAGACUACGCCCGGGCCCGCCUGCCACCGGCACGGAGGCGGCCAACGUGA